ACUACCGCCUCUUCGUCCACACAGCAAUGAAGACUUAUCAUCUCGCAUGGGCUGUAGCUGCUGUGUGGGCGGCUGUGGGCGUGGGCGUGGUGGAGGCGACGCAGUCCCACGCCAUCCCUCACUCACACAUGAAGCACCGCCACGCCCCGGGAGAAGCUCACAAGCACUAUGCACCGAAGAAGCACCUGCCAGGCAGCAAGCAGGACAGAGUCGACCCAAAGAGGCUUCCUCAAGGGAACCAAGCGAAUCCUCAACUGCUGGAGGACAAUGAGCUCUUCCGCGACAGAGAGCACCUGAAGGAGGAGCUGCCGGAGUACAUGAACAUUGAGAAGAUAGAGCAGAUGUCGGACAAGGAGCUGGAUUACCACUACUUCAGCAUGCAUGAUUUCGACAACAACCUACAACUGGAUGGUCUUGAGAUUCUGGCAGCCCUGGGACACGUGGUAGACGAGGCGGAGGUGGAGGAAGAGGGGAUGGAAGGUAAGGAGGGGGCAGCUCAGGACGACGAGGCUCUGAAAGGCUUGAGUGACGAGGAGCGCAAGGUGCUGAGGCACUACCGGUACCAGAAGUGGGAGGAUGGUUGGAAAUUCUAUAUAGAUCUGGUUGACGGCGUGCUGGAGAACAAUGACCAAGACAAGGACGGAUACAUCAGCUGGAGGGAAUUCCUUCACGGACGCAACAGGAAGAUGUAAACUCCGGGAAUGCGAGUACCGAGUGAGUGUACCGAGGCGAAUGUUAAGUGUAGCAUAGCAAAUAAGACAUGGGAACACCAGUAGCAGAUUGUACACUCGCUCCAAAAAACUAUCGGUGCAUGGUGUUGUAUUCAGAGAACGCAGCCAUGAUGAAAAGGAUCAAUACAUGAGUGCUUCUGUACGCUGAUUCGAAACGUGUGGAAUAAGACUACGGAAAUACAUCUCUAUAUACCAGCGUUGGCAUCUCAGCACGCUCCUUCCCCAACACUUAUCGUCACUGGUCUCAAAAUGUUUAGCCUAAAAUAUGCACCGGUACUUUUUUGAGCGAGUACCUUGGAAUGAAGAACAGAAACACGAUUGUCAAGUGUACCUAAGAAAAUGAAAACUCUGAACCUC